GAUUCUCUCCCGAUCUAUUUCACAUAUCAUGACCAGGCCAGAGAACUAAACCCGCUUUAGUUCUCACCCUCGCAUAGCUUCCACGAAGGAUUCGCCCCAGCGUCUCACGAUGACUUCCUCCUCCUCCUUCGUCUCCCCAUCCACCUCCACCUCCACUCCCAUCUACAUCAAUCACCCCAGAAACAACAUGCAAUCCCCCUUCAGUUACACAGAUUCUUCCACCUCCUCAUCCUACUCUUCCUCUCCGGGCGGGAUGGACUUUUUCUUCUACGGGCCUACACAGCCCAUUUAUGAACCUGCCAUGUGCGAUCUCGACGCCGCUGGCACUCCCUUUGCCGUCUCCGAGGUCAUCCCCGAUGCGGCAUACUCUUUCACAAGCUCGCCCUACAUGUACUCUCCCAUGCAUGAUUUCCCCGUCUAUGAGAAUCCAAUUGCCACCAGUGUACCCAGUUCGGCGAGCUCAACCUGUGGAAGUACCUGUGGUAGCUCAAACUGGAACCACGUCCCCGAGGAGGUGCCGAUGCCCAACUACCCCCUCACCUCUGACGACUCGGGCCCGGACUCGCCACCCGCUCAAUCCAAACCAGCAAAGCCCUUCGGCUGCGACAACUGCGGCAAGUCUUUCACCCGCUUCGCAGACUUGAAGCGCCACCAGACGAGCGUUCACUACCCCGUCUUCCGCAACUGCCCCGUCGAGCACUGCUCACGCAAGGGAAACAACGGCUUCCCUCGCCAGGACCACCUGGUCGAGCACCUGCGCUCUUAUCACCACCUGGAUGUGCCGAAGCGCCGAGCACUGAAGCGGUCUGCCAAGGAUGCUGCACUCUAAGUGCCUUGGCAGGUCGUUCAACUCGCUCUCGCUUUCAGUUUCCGUUUCACUUAUCACUUGGUGGGGCCAUUGAACCCCUCCACUACAUAUGACGAUCUUACGAUUUUGUUUUGUUUUGGUUUAUUCGAUUACCCUUCUGUUUCUCGCCGGAUGGCGUUGUCCAUUAUGUCUCUCUUCGCUGGCUGGUCGUACGAUACAUGGCGUCAGUCUUUCUGUUUACAUUUCUCUAUAGACUACAGUCUACACCUGCUCUGUUCUUUUCUGUAUAGAAGAUCCUUUUUUUUUCUGUUCCUUCAACGUUCUCAUGUUUUUUGGCAAUGAUUCGAAUGGAGGUAUGCUUGGCAACGCAAUAGAUGGGGUCAUGAGGGAUUUUUAGACGGUGUUUUGUCUGCUUGGGCACUAUACUCCACGAUGGAAACGAGUACCAAUGAACAUAUCCAUAAGCUCAACU